UCAGUGAACAAGAUGGCGACGCCCAGUGAACUGUCUCUCGAAGAGAUUCGCAAAUAUCUAUUAGAAAACGGUGGUACGGCGCGUAAUCAUGAUGUUGUCAAGUAUUUCAAGAAAUUUUUAACCGAUCCUGAAACAAGAGUGGAAGCACGAAAUCGAUUCAAGGAGUACGUGAAUACUCUGGCCACCAUAAAGAACGAGGAGGGUGAAAAAUAUUUGGUGUUGAAGAAAAAGUAUCGUCAAGCAUCGUUGGAUCUAUCCAAUCCUGAGAAUAUAAGCUCAACUCAUACUUCACCUAAUUCACCUCAACGAGAACCUCCUCCUUAUCGAGCACCUCCACCUGCACCCUUAAGUCCUACCUCUAAUAAUACUCAAGAAACAAAUCGUGAUAACGACGUGCAUACGAAUUUGGAAAGUGACCCAGAUACGAGAAAACAAAUUCAUUCUGACGAAGUUGUAUCGUCGAGUGCAUCUUCACCCCCCGUACCACCUCGUCGUAAGGGCCAGGACAAAAUUAGGAUGGAUAGUAAAGAAAAUAUCGAGAAGAACAAAACUGGGACUGAUGGUGUUAAUAAAGAAGAUGAAAUCAUCACUGCUGCUAAUCCUGGAUCCGGUGAAGAAUUGAGCUUCCGUGAACGGAUGCAACGUUUUGAUCGGAUGGCUAAUGAAACUGAUCUACAUGGCAGACCUAACGGUACUACAACACCUACUAAAAAACGAUCUGAAAAGGGUGCAGACGAUGAAGACACUGCAUCAGUUGCUUGGCAAUUAGAUGGAAAAUCACGAGAAUGGUUGGUGAAAGCUGCUCAAGGAGAUUAUCACGAAAUGGCGAAAUUGGCUGCUGUGGAACCACGUCUUACUGGAUUAAAGGAUCCAACAUCUGGCUAUACGGCUUUGCAUUGGGCUGCGAAACAUGGCGACGAGAACAUCGUCAAAAUGAUUGCUGGCACCUACAGGGAAUACGUCAAGGACGUUAACGUUACAACCAAUGGGGGUUAUACGCCAUUGCAUAUUGCCAUGCAAUUCGAUCAUGAAAACGUUUUUAACUUGUUAGUACAAGUAUACGGUGCGAAUCAAGAGAUACGUGAUUACAGUGGUAAGAAAGCAAGACAGUAUUUAGUUUCUCAAGAGGCCGCAGUUAGCCAGGACACCUUCCGCAAAAUAAAAGCAAGGAAAAAGCAUGCAGAGAAAGAUCUUGGUUUCCUACGAAUUGGCUCGUUGAACGUACGCGUGAAACGUACGACGGAAGCAUUCAGCCAAUUUCUGGGUGUGGCAACUAGUAGCAGCAACAACAAUAACGAGAAGAUUCAUAAGUCAUGGGGUUCUGCGGAUAACGUACAGAAAUUAGAUCAGAAGGUAAUGCCACCGCCAAAAUAUGCGCCAGUUAAAAAACGAAGAAGUAGAAGAAACCAGGAUUUUUCAAGGGAUCAACAGCAAACUACAAGUCAACCCAAUACCCCAUUACUUCAAGGUAAAGCAACGAUCCGACAAAACCAGAUCACCAAUCGUCGGCCAACUUCGACAUCUUCCGUUAAUUCUGCCAUUCCUACUAAUCAACAAAAUAAUGAUUCCGAUUCUGACACGGCAUGCGGUUUUGAUUCCGCAUGGCGUGGAUCUGCACAACUUUAAACAAUUUGACAUAUAGUAAAUGCAAUUUUGAAUAAAAUUCAUUUACUAUACUUCUUUUUUAUACAUUAAUAUAUAAGUAUAUAUUUUUAAAUAUAUA